CAUGAGCUUAAACAAAGAAUUGAUAAAAUCCUAGAAUCUAACUAGAAUCUAAUCUAAAGCAUUUCAGAUUUACUUAAUAAAUAUUCAAGAUAAGACGUAUUUUGGAUAUUUUCCUAAACAAGAAUACUAAAAUAAUAAUCACUUGAAUGAAUUUAUUGCUGGGGAUAUGCAACCAUAAAAUGAUAUCAAAUAUUUGCGAAAAUACAAUAAAACUGCAAGUUAAGGUUUUUUUGCAUUUGAGACUUAUAAGGAUUACAUACUUUUGUCAGAACUAAAGUAAUUGCAAGAGUAAGUGAUUUUAAAGAUCUUCUAAGAUCUUCUGAUAGCUUUAUUUACCAUUCAUUAAAAAGGACUAUUAGGAAGAUGCUUUAAUGUUAACAAUAUUUUGCUUGUUGAAAAUCAGCAUUCUGUAAUGAUGGAAUAUGGAUUUUACCCAGAUCUAGAAUAUUAAGUUCCAGAAAUGAUAUAUAAUUAAAUUUACAAUGAGAAGAUAGAUAUCUUUUUGUUAGGGAGAGUAUUAUAUUAUUUGAUGGUUGGAAAUGAGUUGCCAAAAUUUUAGAUGAGCAAUUUAAGUGAAAUUUCCUCUGAUAUCAAUUUAUCUAUUGCUUAAACCAAUUAUUCAGAAGGCUUGAAGAAAUUAGUGAUAUCAAUGUUAUCAAUAGAUGUCAAUAAAAGAAUUGAUUAUUUGCAAUUGCUAUCGAAAUUUAAAAAUAAUCAAUUCUAUUCCCUUUAAGAGUAAUUUUACAAAUAGAAUACCUUGAAAAAUAUAACUUCAAAACUUAUUGACAAAAGAGAAAAAAAUACAUCAUGUAAAUUAGAAGAAUCUCAGCCAUUUGAAAUUUAAUAAACAACUAUUAUAAAAGUAAUAUUUUAUCUCAUAAAUUUAAGAAAAUAUUUGAAGAAUAGCAGAUUAUAUCAUCCUAACCAUUAAUUCAAGAAAAGAAUAACUAUGAUGAUUCAUCUGAACCUAUUAACUAGAAUAUUAGUUCUCUCUAUCCUCCUGAAUUUGAAAGCCCUGUAAAAUAUACAUAACUAAAUUAAAAUUAAAUUAUCAGCAAAGUUUCAGAAACUUAGACUUAGAUUAAAACAACAUUUUAUACUGAAGAAACUAAAAUAAAGAGUUCUUUACUUGAAAACGAUCUAUUAUUAAGUGUACUUCCAUUUCUUAAUUCAGACAGGCCUUAAGAUUAUUUAAUUUGGAAUUAGAUUUAUUUUUAUCUGUAUCGUUUUUCAUUAAUGACAAAACUUAUUGAUGAAUUACAAUAAUAUUUACAAAAGGCAAACAACAAUUUAAUAUCUAUUGCUAUAUAUGGAACAAAAAAGGCUUAGUUAAUUCUAAAAAAAGAGUAUCAAUUUGCUUUAGAAUAAUGUUAGAAUCUUUAUUAUAUUCCAGAGAAUGAGUGGUAAAAAUUUACUUAAUGUUCUGAAGAAUAUAAAAAAAUGGUUGGAAAGAUGAAGUUAGAUAUUGAUGUUAAUUAAAAGAUGUUAUUGUAGAAAGACUAUCUACAGUUGAAGAAAAUCCUAGAUUAACACAAGAAUGAAGGUGUGUUAAAAGAAUUAUAUAAAUUUAUUGAAAAAUAUCUGGAAGAUGUAAAUUUUAUUUAAUCCUAAUUUGUAGAACAAUGAGCUUAAUAGUUUUGAAGAUAUAAAACGUUCUUAUAGAUACAUUUUAACAAAUACUCUAUCUCUAUUUGAAUCUUAAGAGGAUAAGAAUAACCCUUACAUAAGAUUAUUAAUUUUGAUGUGCAUAUUGAUUAAUAGAAUAUGUGAUGUACAACAUAUUCCUUAACAUUUUAACACAAUAUGUUAAUUUUAAAAGAUUGAUUCCAUAAGUUCGAUAGUUCAAAUUGAGUAAUUUUUAAAGAGAGGCACAAGCAAAGAAUUUAUCCAACAAUUUGAAGAGUUAAAGUAAACUUAUUUUUCAGGUUGAA